CAACAACUUACCUACUAUUUGAAUAAUUAUAUGACAUUUAUAACAAAAUGUUAUGGUAAUUGAUAGUUGAUAAUAAUAAGGCAUUUAUUACGUUACGUAGUACUUUUUACCUAAAAGUGAGAUGGACUCGCCAAAAACAGAAGCUAGUCAUUUGGUGGAUUCGGACUCCCCAUCCACUCUUUCCCCAGAGAAAGUUUCGUUGAGGACCAAUACACAAGUGGAUGAUGGCUGGACACCGUUGUUGUUGGUGGCUGCUGUCUCAACUACCGUCGGUUCUGCGGUUCCUUUUGGAUACAACAUUGGUGUCAUCAACACGCCAGCGCCAGUGAUACAGCAGUGGUGUAACCAUUCAUUGGCAGAUUACCAUCUAGACAACGUCCAGCUGGACAUGGUAUGGUCUGUGAUAGUCAGUGUGUUCCUGGUGGGAGGUAUGCUUGGAUCGUUGGCAGGCUCGUGGUGCGCCGACUCCAUUGGCAGGAAGGGAGCGUUAGUUGUGUCAGCCAUCUUAGGAUGUCUCUCAGCUGUUAUGUUCUUCUACUGCAAAUCUUUCUACUCCAUCUCCCUAAUCAUGCUUGCCAGAUUCAUCAUCGGCCUUUCGUCAGGCCUUACAUUGAGUGUGAUGCCUAUGUAUCUAUUGGAGCUGGCCCCUGUUAGUGUGCGAGGAGCCAUGGGUGUUUUUACCUCUGUCGGUGUCAAUUUUGGUGUCUUUUUUGGCCAAUUUAUGGGUCUGGACUGGAUUCUCGGUAAUCAAAACCAGUGGCACUUCCUGCUCAGCCUGUACGUAGUGCCUAUCUUGGCUCUGGUUUUGACACUGCCUGUACUGCCUGAGAGUCCCAAGUACCUGUAUAGUGUGAGGGGAGCCAAGCAGUUUGCUUUACAAGAACUGUCAAGGCUGCGUGGCCAACCUCUGUCUAAGAUAAGGUGGGAGCUGGAAGUGGAGGAGAGCGAGGGGGGAGCCGAGCCGUGGACUGUCAUGUCACUGCUGACCGAGCCUUCGCUGCGCCUCCCGCUAGCACUGACCUGCGCGCUGCAGGCCGGCCAACAGUGCAGCGGCAUCAACGCGGUGUUUUUCUACUCUACACGUAUCUUCAAGUCGGCCGGGCUGAGUCAAGAACAGAGCCAGUAUGCCAAUAUGGGUGCCGGGCUGGUCAACUUUUUCUGCGCCAUCGUGAUGGUGUCCGUGGUGAACCGUUGUCGGCGCAGGACUCUGCUACACAUCAGCUGUUUGUCAGCCACUGCCACAUUGAUCUUGCUCACCAUCUCUAUCACAUACAUGGAUGCAAUUAGUUGGCUGCCGAAAUUCUCCAUCUUUUGUGUGAUUUUCUAUGUCCUUGUAUAUGGGAUUGGGCUGGGACCAAUACCGUUCUUCAUUGGAUCUGAGUUGUUUGAUGUGGGUCCUCGGCCGGCAGCCAUGGCUCUAGGCAGUGCUGCCAACUGGUCAGGAAACCUCCUGGUCGGUCUCACAUUUCCCUCCCUGCAGCUGGUCAUCGGACAAUACUCCUUCCUCUUGUUUGCUUCCAGCACUGCGGCGCUGGUCGCCUUCUUCCAUUACAACCUACCGGAGACGUUGCCCCCUAGUAGGACUCUCAACUCUAGGGCGACGUCUCUCUCUCUUCGAGAUACAGCUGCGUGAUAAGACUGCCUUCUUGACCAUAUGUUAACAAUUUAUAACCGAUAGUUGACUGUCGUAAUCUUAAACAAGUUGGCCACUGACUGUAAAUAGUGAUUAACACAAUUUGAGAUUUGUGACCUGUAUAUGCACUGCAGAGGUAUAGUCAAUAAUGACUUUUUUAAUACCCUGAAAUGUUGAAAAAGCAUUGUUUCUGACUUGUGGGAAAACAAAAUUUAUGUACUAAUAUUUACUUUUAAUCGGCAUGAUUGUUAUAAGCUUGUUUAAAACAAGGGUUUUAAACUCCGGUGUAAAUGCGGCUCAAGAAGUAGUUACUUGUAUUGUUAAGUUUUAUCUCAAGCAAAAUUGUCUUUAAAAACUCGUUUUUAGUGUGGAAUCCGAUAUAAAUUCUACAGUUUAGCUUCUGUAGUUAAUCUGCCUUAGUAAUUUAGCGAAUAAGGACUUUAAUACUUACUUUACUAUACUUAUUUGGGUAAGUCUUCCAAUGGUUAAAAUCAACGUUUUAUAGAAUAUUUAACACUUAUAUUUGUACUUAUCUAGUUAUUUUAAGGGUCUAUACGUAGCAGUAAAUAUUUGUGAUGUUGUUGGUUUUUAAUAUUUACUUGUAUUUACUUAGACGUUUACCUAAAUUUAUCUUCUAAAUAUGUAGUAAUAAGUUACUGAACAGUUUAAGCUGUUAAUAUCUUUGUAAGAUUAUUGCUUUUCAAUUUCUACUAUUAACGUAGGGCUGGCACGCAUUAGCCCGACCAUGACUCCGAGCGAUUGGAUACGGCCAGUUUUACAGUAGGCCGAUUGGUCGGACCUUAGUCGGACAACCAUACUCCUAGGACUUUGGACGAGCCUGACUCACUGGCAGUUGCAGCCAAAAAUUGAACUUAUUGAAUGCGCAACGCACACUGCCUCCAACCCGACCAGUAGGUAGUCCUAGAUCAAGCGAACGGUUAGCACUUGUUUUUCUGUGGUGUGCGAAGUACCUUUUUUUUAUGUCACAGUUAUAUUUUGACACUGAGGGUUUUGUCAUGGCUGUUAAGGAAAUGCCUUCUAUCGUCAGAAAAUUGUGCCAAAAGAGGGACGAAGAAGUCAAUUUGGGAGGAUGAUUAACAUCGGAUGCACCCAGUACAGUUUUUCUUCUGCACUAAUGCAACAAGGUCUUCAUCUUGUCAUUGAAGUUUGGUUGGUUUGGUAUACAUUUGUUGUUUUUGUUAUGGGCUGGUCGUGUUCGGGUUGUGCUCUGGCCGCAUGGUGAAUGACAACGACCAGUCGGGCGUAUAGUCGUGGUCUGGCUAGUGUAGGUCUGCCCUUAUCACCCCCCUAUAUAUUUAUUUACACUCAAGUGUGUUUAUUUUUUAAUCUGUGGAUAUUACUUGUAAAGUAUUGUUUAUUUUAAAUACUAAAUCAGCUAUUAUAUUUUUGCACAUAAUCUUUUUUUUACAUAAUCUAGUUAAUGUUAUUUUUUUCAAAGAAAAAUAACUCACAAAAACAAUAGUCUUAACCAACACUCAACAAAAUAUAAAAAAGGAUUGAACAAUAGUUUUUCUUCUUCAGAUAUAUGUCAAAAAGAUUAAUAACUUACAUCCACCAACAUUCCUAUACAAAACAAUUUCAUGCUUUCCCAAAUUUUCUGGCAUAACUUCCCACAAACUUUUAUUUAUUGUAAUUAUUUUAAAAAAUAACUAGAAUACAUUUCCUAUCGGUUGACUUAAGUAGGAAUUGAAUUUUAAAACUUUGGUCUGUUGUUUUAGGGUAAGAUCUAGCGGGUAAGACUAUUCAUUGAUUCAUUUGAUUCAUUGAUCAAAUUAACUGAACUUUUUAUUAUUUAGAUUGUGUUUGUAGCUAAUCAUCUCAAUUUAGCCAUAAUUUUACACCACAGAUAUGAUAUACAGUGUGAAUGAAAAGUCCCGGAACGGUGUAUUAUGUUUUUUACCAUUAAAGUUGAAGUAAUGAGAACUUGGUAUAUUAAUAAUAACCAUAAAUGUCUACUCUUUUAAGCUAUUAUCACUUUUUUAUUCCUUAGCAGCCGUUCGAAGAUUCAAAAUGGCAGAUUUAAUAUCUAAACGGCUGCUAUUUUUGACUCGGUUGUCCGUUUGAGUUCGGAAUUGCGGCAAUGUGUUUUCCUAGCUAAGACCAUUCAAUAAUGUGAUACCAAACUCCACCUACGCUGCUAUUUAAGAAUUUUUUCUGACUCCUCGUAUGCCGUCCCCCUUAAGGGAUAAAAAAGUGAUAAUAGCUUAAAAGAGUAGACAUUUAUUGUUAUUAUUCAUAUACCAAGUCUAAUUACUGUAUCUAUAAUGGUAAAAAAUAUAUCACACUGAAUAGUUUCUUUAUGAACGAGUUUACAUGUGUGUGUCCUAUUUUAUACCAAAUUUGCUUUAUUUUAUUGUAAAUAAUUUGUAUAUUUAAGUUUGCUUAUAUAGUAUAUACCAAAGGAUGAUUUUGUGCUUAAAGUUUGAGAGUUUACUAAACUUAAGAUGGACUGAAACAAAUUUUUGAGCAAUGCUCGGCCAUCAGAUGUAGAUAGUAAAUAUUUAAAUUAUGACUGCGAUUUGGUGCCUGUACAGAAGUAGUAUAACAUUUUAUUCACUAAACAUAAUAUUGUAAUUGAAGUCUUUCAAAUAAGUUGAUUAUGAUUCAUUGUAAAAUAGAGAUAGUAAUUCUACACUAAAAUAAUUAUGCUAGACAUAAGGUAUGUCUAAUCUAUAGUUGGUGCUAUGUUAUGUAAAAAGUCUCUUCAGGUUGAUCAAAUAACAUAAAUAGAUUGAAAACAUGGUUUAACAUAAUCACUAUGUUAAAAAUAUAUUACUGUUACGAAUGUUAAUUUAUUGCUGUUCUAAAAUUGUAAAUUUUAUAAUUGGUGAUGUUAAAUUAGAUUUUGGAUAAUGUCCUUUUUUACAAAAGUUUUAUCACUCUUUUUAUAAGGGGUUUUAUUUUAACAAAUUUUUUAUAU